AUGCCGAAGCAUUCCUCCGAUCCAAGUUCGAGGGAGGCUUUGCUGCCGGCUCCUUUGCCUCCGCCACCCGCAUCGCUGUCGGCGUUCUCGUCCUCGGGGCGAUUCCUUGCAACGGCAGUGGCGAGCAGCGCGAGUCCUGAAAGCGCCGACAGCCAGCUUCCCCGGAGUCGAGUGAAAGUAUGGGACGCGUCGUCAGGGGGAGAUUUUGGCACGAAUGCAGUCUCAGCAUCUGAAAGUGAUGGGGUUUCCGGUUUGUCCUUCGUCUCGAACUACCAGCCGCGGUUCUCAGUCGAGUGGCAGCGGCAGUUCCUCGGUCACAGCGUCACGUCGCUGCUCUUUGUUUCCCGCGCAUCCGCUGGUGGCCAGCGCAUGUCAGAGCGUUUGCUCAUCGGCACAGAUCGAGGGAUGUUGGCAUCUGCCGACGUGACGGCAUCGAGCAGCAAGCUGCUGUUCAGCACGUACCUCGGCGAAGCAUCGGAAUCCAGCGCAGGCGGCAGUGGAGCGGAAUCGUCGUUCGACUCCACCAAAGGAUCGUCGGACUUCCCAAUUCGCGCGCUCGGGUGCACCGCUGCGUCGGGCGGGAACGUCGUGGCCCUGGUAGGCGGAAGAGACGGAAGCAGGCUCGUCACCGUCGAUCCAGAGGACGGCACUGUCGUGCGACAAGAUGAGCUUUCUAAACCGUACAACCUGUUUGCGAGUCCGUCGUCAACAGACGCCGACGAGGAUGUUGUCCUUCUCGCGAUGCGCAGAGGGACGACGGAGCUGGGAAGCAGUGCCGGCGUCGUCUUGUACGACGUGCAGCACCAGCGGCCUAGGGCAAAGCUCGUCGGCGGAUCAGGUGGUGCGUUCGCUGUGGCUCUCGAGAAGCGAGCACGGUUCGCGGCUGGGGUCUUCAGCGGGAGUGGGAAAGACGAACAACAUGCUCAGCUGGUCGUCUGGCAGAUCCCGGACCGGUCGGCCGAUGCAGCGGAGCGGGCUGCUGCGAAGGGAAAGUCGAAAAAGCUGCAGCCUGCCUGCUCCGGAAGCCAUUUUGAGCCUCUAAUUCAGGUGGUUCUGCCUACGAAUCGGGAUGCAGCGAACGCGGAAGACGCUUCCGACAGCGGAGACGACGAGGCCGCUCAUCCGUACAGCCAACAGGCCAUCGUCACGCUCUCGCGCAGUAAUGCCGUCAUUGUGUGGGCGCUGGGAAGGGACGCAGGCGCAGAAGGCCAGUCGUUCUCCCUCGUGAAAGUUGCACAAAUCGACUCCGUUUCGUUUCCGUGUAUAUCCCCUAAAGCGUCGCUCGACUCCGCGCCGGCACUGGCUGCGGCAGUGGCUACCCCGGGCGUCUGGUUUAUGCAGGAACUGGACGAGAGCGGAAGGGCGAGAGACGAGGAUGCGACGAGUCCAUCCGGUUCAAGUACAAAGAAACGCCGACAUAGUGCCGGGACAGAACACCCGGCGCAGGAGAGGCAACACUUGUGUAUAGUUCGCGGGUGCCACACUGCACCGCUUUUCCAGUGUCUGUUACUUCCUCGUUUCGCUUCACGUCGCUCCAGUGCUCAGGAGCUCUACUUACCUCUUCUUCCCCGCUACAGUGGGAAAUUCGGCCUUGCAUGCGUCGAAGCUAUGAAGCUGUCUGAAGUUCGCGCGGCAGGAGGCGACUCACGGAAAGCCGGAGAGAAAACUGGCAGCGCCGCUGCAAGUGCAGGCGAUGAUGGCGCAAACAGGGUUUCCUUGCCGACGGCUUCUCUCAAGAGGACUAUCGCGGCUGUGACCGAGUCUGAUGGAGAUGAUGUAGAUGCAAGUGGCGAUAGUGGAGCAGUGGAGGAAGGCAAGAAGAAAAAGCAGUCAAACGCCAAGGGACUCGGUUUAGCUGGCGCCGCAACUGGAGGCGCUCCUGGAGGGGAACAUAGUAAUGUCGCUGUCAUUCUGCGCCAGGCUCUUACAGCGUCUGAUGCACGCCUUCUGGAAACAGUCUUAACGUCAACAGCGAAGGACAAGAAAGAAGUAGCUGCAGGGGUUGGUUCGCUGACGCCAGUACAGGCCCUGCGGCUUCUUCAACACCUGGUGCAGCAGCAACAAGUAAACCCAGCUGCUUCCAUCACUAAGGGCGGCUGGAUAGAAGAAAUCGUCAAACAGCAUGCUGUUGUGUUGUCUCAAACAGACGCGGGCCGGGAGCAACUUGUCCUUCUUCUUCUUCAGGUUGAGGAACGGCGUCGGUCUGAAUCUGCACUUGUAAAGGUCAAGGGCAGACUCGAAUUGCUACUUCAACAGAUGCAGCGUGUUCAGAGGUUGAGAGAAGAAAGGGGGAAGGAGGAGAAAGAGGCAAGGGAGCCCCUUGUUGUGCACAAGGAACGAGCAAAUGCUUGA